AUGGCAGCUCUCAUUAGUAAUUAUCAUAUUCAUGACGGCCUGGCACUGUGCCAAACACUUCUCCUGUAUCAAAUCAGUAAUGCCUUCACCUUCCAGAGCUCUGAACCGUCUGACUGCUUUCCAGGCAUUCACAGAGAGAGGCUGGAAGGACGAACCCCUUUCCUAGAGCAGGCUAACGAUCAAGUUCUUUGCUGCGUCUCCCACCAAGCUCGUCUCACUCACUCGCCUGGAUUUUCUGGCGAAGUCCUAGCAAAAGCAGGCAAACCUGUGAGCGGUGCGGCGGCCUCCCGCGGUCCUCCUCCCUGCGCGCCGCGAUCCAGCUCAUGCUCCCCACGCCCCGCCGCCCGCAGCGCAGGACGCGCGCGUCACCCGCGAGCCACCAGCCACCAGCCACCAGCCAGCAGCCACCAGCCACCUGGAGAUGCUACUGAGCAGCCCGCACCGAGUACCAACCCGGCAAACCCAGCAGCAGCCAGAUCAGCUGUCGGCCAAAGUUGCCUCUUGGGUGAGAAGGAGCACCAGUAUCCACCGAUAACAAAGAAAGCAGGUCCAGCUGCCUUGGGGGAUGCGGCACCGGCCAGGAAGUCCGGAGGGAAAUGCCCGGCCCAGGGCCAGGUAUUCAAAGGCACUGCGGAGGACAGGGGCCGGCCGGGAUCUCCAGAUCCUCCCCAAGUUAUCUCGGGACCCCCAGCUCCUGCCCUCAUUACCUCUCACACGCCCCGGCACACCAGCGACCCAGUCUCCCGGGCUUGGGUCCCCCGGUUUACUUCAUCCCCUUCCUCUAGCCCAGUCAGCAGCCCGGUGCGCAUCUCCUGGGCUGGUCCUGAUGCACCCCGCGGGUGCCGUCUUUCCAACGCUCCCCAGGCGUCUCAGUCCGACGGCGCGGGACGCCGCCCUCGGAACCGCGGGCUCGGUCUUGGAACCCGCUCCCCGCCCACAGCCCAGGCCCCCGGACCCAGCUCUGCUCACGCGUUCUUCCUCCCGGGCCGGAGCCCCCCCACCCGAGGGAAUCGUGCUGGCCUCCUGGCGGUCCGGCUGUCAGAGACGAUGAGUCUAUUUUGGGUCUUGCGGCCAGUGUUCCCGCCCUGGGGACGCGGGCACGGGUCCGGAGAUUCGGGUGACACCUUGCCAGCACGAUCCGGAGCGGCCGCAGAGCCAGCCCCCACAGCGGGCUCAGGCCUCCUCCGCCAGGCAGGCGGCGCGGCCACAGCGGUGCGAGGCUGA